CCACCUCCUAGCCUAGCUUAGGCGAUAGUGUUGCAGAACCGGGCGAGACAAUUGAUUUCUACUCCGCCGGCGGUUAGUUACAGCCAAGAUGGAAGGCCUAGUGGAUCCAGAGACGAUCUACAUGAAGCAGAGCUGCAUCGGCGGCGGGAGCUUCGGACGAGUCUAUAAAGGCGUUGAUAAGCGUACCGGUGCCUCUGUUGCUAUCAAGAUCAUCGACGUCGAGAAUGCCGAAGAUGAGGUGGAAGAUAUUAUCCAAGAAAUUGCCAUCUUGUCGGAACUCAAUUCUCCUUAUGUCACUCGAUACCAUGGUUCUUUCUUGAAGGGAUCAAGUUUAUGGAUCAUCAUGGAGUUUUGUUCCGGUGGCAGUUGCUCCGAUCUUAUGCGCCCGGGAACAAUCCCGGAGGAGUAUAUCAUGAUCAUCAUAAGAGAGCUACUCCGAGGGCUGGACUAUCUACAUAGUGACAAGAAGCUGCACCGGGAUGUAAAAGCUGCAAACAUCCUGCUUACCUCGAACGGCCAAGUGAAAUUGGCUGACUUCGGAGUUUCUAGUCAACUGUCAGCCACAAUGACUAAGAAGAAUACCUUCGUGGGUACUCCAUUCUGGAUGGCCCCGGAAGUGAUUAAGCAAUCUGGAUACGACUACAAGGCCGAUAUCUGGUCUCUUGGAAUCACUGCGAUUGAAUUGGCCAACGGAGAGCCUCCUUACUCGGACAUCCAUCCUAUGAAGGUGUUGUUUUUGAUUCCCAAGAACCCCCCGCCCGUUCUGCAAGGCGAUUACAGUAAAGCGUUCAAAAACUUUGUGGAACUUUGUUUGAGACGAGAUCCCAGGGAACGGCCGUCCGCCAGAGAGCUGCUCGAGCACCCGUUCAUCAAGAGGGCAAAGAAGACAACCUAUCUGACCGAGCUGAUUGAACGCUACGAGCGCUGGAACGCCAUUCACGGCAAUAGGGGGGCUGACGAUGAAGAUAUUCAGGAACCUCCACCUAAGACGUCUCCACCUGAGGAAGAGGACGAUUUGUGGGACUUUGGCACCGUGCGGCCGGCAGGGAGAGCGCCCCCUCUCAAGCCGAUGAAAGAGGCGGACAUGAAUGCGAGAAGUCAUGAAGCCAAUGAGUGGAACAUGAAAGACGAGCCCCGUCGAGACAUUUUGCGGCCAAAGAGCAAUAUGCCCUCUACACCCCUGCAGACGAAGAACAUGCCUAGUGCUAUGCCCAAGCCAUUGUCGCCCACCAAGGUUCCCUUGCCACCGUCACCCAUCAAACAAGCAUCAGAUUUCACACCCCAGACACCUUCACAUCUACAACAGCCAGUCUCACGUCAACCCAAGGGGAGUCCUGGUAGUGACUACGAUAGAGCUCUACAACAAGCUCUGGCUGAAGAUCUGAGCUUUCUCCAGCUAGAUCGCUCCCCAGGCCCUUCGACAGCCUUCUCGCAAGCACGGGGUGCUCCCCCAGGUUUACAAGGAUACCAAAAGGCCCCGCAGUCACACCUGCCGGAAGUUCCAUCCUAUCAACGCCUGCCAGAUCCACCGACCUCAAAUGCUGUGAACCAGAACGUUAGACCUGCCAAGGAAGCAUAUCCGCAACGUCCAACAUACGCACAACCACAAGCACGGCUUCCCCCAGCCCCAAGACAUAUGUCACCGCCAUCCCAACCAUCACGACCGCAGCAGGCGUUGCCGCAUGGUCCUCGGCCUACAUCCAUGAGGCCCGAUCCUCUCCAGCUCAAUACCACAACCGAUGGGGCCCUUGAUGAACGAGUACGGGAGCGGGAGGCGAUUCAGGGCCAGGCCCAGAUGCCCCCUUCCAACGAGAUCACAGCUCUAAAUAGUGUGAUACUGCCUGCUCUCAAAGCAGCCAUUCGUCGCCGGACGCGGCGUCUGGAGCUCAUUUCACCUAACACAACGAGGGAUGCUAGCGGCAAUAUCAGCGAAUAUCAAACACGUGAGGAGUAUGUCCAUGGAAUGAUGGAAAACCUGGUGGGCGAUAUCUACGGCAUGUUCACAAAGCUUGAACGCUGGGACAACGAGGCACCUGUGGGAAUGGGCGCUCAAGUGACCUCAUUCUUAGAAGGAUUUCUAGAAGAGAUCCUUGUCCGGGUUGAGCCUUCUGACUCGGAUUCGAACCCAGGCAGAGCCUAAGUGUUACUCUGGUUUAAACUCGAGCAUAGCACGACUAACUAACCAGGCUUGCCUCUUGAGACUCUGACUAGAAUGACAGCCCUCCUUACUGCGAGCACAGCCCACCUGCAGAGGGUCGAAGCUGGAACAGACUGGCAAAUACAAAUUAUUAGUCACUACGGACUUAUUGGGGUCCUAUUUUCACGAUCAUGGCAGCUAUGCAAUUCAAUUUGGUUUUUGU